AUGGCGAGCGAGAAGCCGGGCCCGGGCCCUGAGCCGCAGUCGGCGGGGCUGGUGGCAGUCGGCGCAGGGGGCGGCGGGCCGGGCGAGCUGCGAGGCCCGGUGGGGAGCGGGCCCGUGGUGCUCCCUGCCGGCAUGAUCAACCCGUCGGUGCCGAUCCGCAACAUUCGGAUGAAAUUCGCCGUGCUGAUCGGACUCAUACAGGUCGGCGAGGUCAGCAACAGGGACAUCGUGGAGACGGUGCUCAACCUGCUGGUUGGUGGAGAGUUUGACUUGGAGAUGAACUUUAUCAUCCAGGAUGCGGACAGUAUCACGUGUAUGACGGAACUGUUGGAACACUGUGAUGUCACCUGCCAAGCUGAGAUAUGGAGCAUGUUCACAGCCAUCCUGCGGAAAAGUGUCCGGAACUUGCAGACGAGCACAGAAGUGGGGUUAAUUGAACAAGUGUUGCUGAAAAUGAGUGCUGUUGAUGACAUGAUAGCAGAUCUCCUAGUUGAUAUGUUGGGGGUUCUUGCCAGCUACAGCAUCACAGUCAAGGAGCUGAAGCUUCUGUUCAGCAUGCUUCGAGGAGAGAGUGGAGUGUGGCCGAGACAUGCAGUCAAAUUGCUAUCAGUUCUGAAUCAGAUGCCACAAAGACAUGGUCCUGAUACUUUCUUCAAUUUCCCUGGUUGUAGUGCUGCGGCAAUUGCAUUGCCUCCUAUCGCAAAGUGGCCUUAUCAAAAUGGCUUCACCCUAAACACUUGGUUUCGUAUGGAUCCAUUAAAUAACAUUAACGUUGACAAGGAUAAACCUUAUUUGUACUGUUUUCGUACAAGUAAAGGAGUUGGUUACUCUGCUCAUUUUGUCGGUAACUGCUUAAUAGUCACAUCACUCAAGUCCAAAGGGAAAGGAUUCCAGCACUGUGUGAAAUACGAUUUCCAACCCCGCAAGUGGUAUAUGAUCAGCAUUGUUCACAUUUACAACCGAUGGAGGAACAGUGAAAUUCGGUGUUAUGUUAAUGGACAACUGGUUUCCUAUGGGGAUAUGGCUUGGCAUGUUAACACAAAUGAUAGCUAUGACAAGUGCUUUCUGGGAUCUUCCGAGACUGCUGAUGCUAAUAGGGUGUUCUGCGGUCAGCUCGGUGCGGUGUAUGUGUUCAGUGAAGCACUCAACCCGGCGCAGAUAUUUGCCAUUCACCAGCUAGGACCUGGAUACAAGAGCACAUUCAAGUUUAAAUCUGAGAGUGAUAUUCACCUGGCAGAGCAUCACAAACAGGUUCUGUAUGAUGGGAAGCUUGCCAGCAGCAUUGCCUUUACCUAUAACGCGAAAGCAACUGACGCACAACUCUGUCUUGAGUCUUCACCAAAGGAAAACGCAUCCAUUUUUGUGCAUUCUCCACACGCUCUGAUGCUCCAGGAUGUGAAAGCUAUAGUAACACAUUCAAUUCAUAGUGCGAUUCACUCAAUUGGAGGGAUUCAAGUGCUCUUCCCACUCUUUGCCCAGCUGGACAACCGGCAGCUCAGUGAUAGUCAAGUGGAAACAACGGUCUGUGCCACCCUCUUGGCCUUCCUGGUGGAACUGCUGAAAAGCUCCGUUGCCAUGCAAGAGCAGAUGUUGGGCGGAAAAGGCUUCUUAGUCAUUGGCUAUUUGCUGGAAAAGUCAUCAAGAGUGCAUAUCAGCAGAGCUGUCCUGGAGCAAUUCUUAUCCUUUGCCAAAUACCUUGACGGCUUGUCACAUGGAGCCCCUUUGUUGAAGCAGCUUUGUGACCAUAUUUUAUUUAACCCAGCCAUCUGGAUACACACACCUGCCAAGGUUCAGCUGUCCCUGUACACGUAUCUGUCUGCUGAGUUUAUUGGGACGGCUACCAUCUACACCACCAUCCGAAGAGUGGGGACAGUGUUACAGCUGAUGCACACACUGAAAUAUUACUACUGGGCCAUCAAUCCUGCCGACAGCAGCGGCAUCACACCGAAGGGGUUAGAUGGUCCCCGGCCAUCACAAAAAGAAAUUAUAUCACUGCGGGCAUUUAUGCUACUGUUUCUGAAACAGCUCAUAUUAAAGGACCGAGGGGUCAAGGAAGAUGAACUCCAGAGUAUAUUAAAUUACCUACUUACGAUGCAUGAGGAUGAAAAUAUUCAUGAUGUGUUACAACUACUGGUGGCUUUAAUGUCAGAACACCCAGCCUCAAUGAUACCAGCAUUCGAUCAAAGAAAUGGAAUAAGGAGAAAAGUGGAACUCAUGCACACCCACAGUCUCUUCACGCUGCUGGGAGAAAGGCUAAUGCUGCACACCAACACAGUGACCGUCACCACGUACAACACGCUCUACGAGAUCUUGACAGAGCAAGUGUGCACCCAAGUGGUUCACAAACCACACCCGGAGCCAGACUCCACGGUGAAAAUUCAGAAUCCAAUGAUUCUGAAGGUGGUGGCAACACUGCUGAAGAAUUCCACGCCCAGUGCAGAGCUGAUGGAGGUGCGCCGGCUCUUUUUAUCCGACAUGAUAAAGCUUUUCAGCAACAGCCGGGAAAACCGAAGGUGCUUACUGCAGUGCUCAGUGUGGCAAGACUGGAUGUUUUCUCUGGGCUACAUCAACCCUAAAAACGCCGAGGAACAGAAGAUUACCGAGAUGGUGUACAACAUCUUCCGGAUCCUGUUGUACCACGCAAUCAAGUACGAAUGGGGAGGCUGGAGAGUCUGGGUGGACACGCUGUCCAUCGCCCACUCUAAGGUCACCUAUGAGGCACACAAGGAAUACCUCGCCAAGAUGUACGAGGAGUAUCAAAGACAGGAGGAGGAAAACAUUAAAAAGGGCAAGAAGGGGAGUGUGAGCACCAUCUCUGGGCUUUCUUCACAGACAACGGGUGCAAAGGGGGGGAUGGAGAUUCGAGAGAUCGAAGACCUCUCCCAAAGCCAGAGCCCCGAGAGUGAGGCAGACUAUCCCGUCAGCACAGACACCAGAGACUUACUCAUGGCCACCAAAGUGCCGGACGAUAUGCUCGGGCAUCCGGAGAGACCGAGCGGUGGCGUCCACGUGGAAGUGCAUGACCUCCUGGUGGACAUCAAGGCGGAGAAAGUGGAGGCCACAGAGGUGAAGCUGGACGACCUGGACCUGUCCCCGGAGACGCUGGCGGGUGGCCAGAACGGAGCCCUUGUGGAGGUGGAGUCCCUGCUGGACAAUGUGUACAGCGCCGCGGUGGAGAAACUCCACAGCAAUGUACAGAGCAUCAUCAAGAAGAACGAGGACAAAGACAACGGCCCGCUGAUAACCUUAGCGGACGAGAAGGACGACCUCACCAGCAGCAGUGCCGCCUUUCUCUUUGAGAAAAUUCCCAAGCAGGAGGAGAAGCUCCUUCCAGAACUGUCGAGCAGUCACAUGAUCCCGAAUAUCCAGGACACGCAAGUGCACCUUAGCGUUGGUGAUGACCUCGGGCUGCUUGCCCACAUGACUGCUAGCGUGGACUUAGCUUGCACGUCCAGUAUCAUCGAGGAGAAGGAGUUCAAAAUCCACACGACCUCCGACGGGAUGAGCAGCAUUUCUGAACGAGACCUGGCGCCGCCCUCCAAAGGGCUGGACUAUGCUGAGAUGACAGCGACAGCCCUGGAGACGGAGCCUUCGGGCAGCAAAACUGGACCAAAUAUGGAUGCAGGAAGUAUCGUUUCAGACACGGAGAGAUCCGACGAUGGCAAGGAUCCUGGAAAGGAAAUUCGGAAGAUCCAGACGACAACUACAACCCAAGCUGUUCAGGGCCGCUCUGUCCCUCACCCGGACCGAGACCUCCGAGUGGACCUGGGAUUCCGAGGGAUGCCCAUGACGGAGGAGCAGCGGCGCCAGUUCAGCCCUGGCCCCCGCACGACCAUGUUCCGCAUCCCAGAGUUCAAGUGGUCGCCCAUGCAUCAGCGGCUUCUCACUGACCUGCUCUUCGCCUUAGAGACAGACGUGCACGUCUGGAGGAGCCAUUCCACAAAGUCGGUAAUGGAUUUUGUCAAUAGCAAUGAGAACAUUAUUUUUGUACAUAACACAAUUCACCUCAUUUCGCAAAUGGUAGACAACAUCAUCAUUGCUUGUGGAGGAAUUCUACCUUUGCUCUCUGCUGCUACAUCUCCAACUGGUUCUAAGACUGAAUUGGAAAGUAUCGAAGUGACACAAGGCAUGUCCGCAGAGACAGCGGUGACUUUCCUCAGCCGACUGAUGGCCAUGGUUGAUGUCCUCGUCUUUGCCAGCUCUCUAAACUUCAGUGAGAUUGAGGCGGAAAAAAACAUGUCUUCUGGGGGCCUCAUGCGCCAGUGCCUGCGGCUGGUUUGCUGUGUCGCUGUGAGGAACUGUUUAGACUGCCGACAGAGACAGAGGGACAGGGGCAGCAAGCCCCAGGAGGCCCCCCAGAGUGUUCCUGCCGCAGCUGUGUCCAAGACUCCAUUAGAAGGUGUUCCAGGUAACCUUUCUCCGAUUAAAGAUCCGGAUCGACUUCUUCAGGACGUUGACAUCAACCGCCUCCGUGCUGUUGUCUUUCGGGAUGUGGAUGACAGCAAGCAGGCGCAGUUCCUGGCUCUGGCUGUCGUGUACUUCAUCUCGGUUCUGAUGGUCUCCAAGUACCGCGACAUAUUAGAGCCCCAGCGAGAGGCCGCACGAGCUGGGGGCCAGCCAGGCAGAAACACCAGGCAAGAAAUAAACUCGCCAACAAGUACAGGUGUGGUCAUCCCUUCUAUCCCUCACCCAAGUCUGAACCACGGACUCCUGGCCAAGUUCAUCCCUGAGCAGAGCUUGGCCCACUCGUUUUACAAAGACGCACCUGCUCCAUUUCCAGACACCCUAAAGGAAAAAGAAGCACCCACCAUUGGCGAAGACAUUCCACCUGAGAGCUCCAUCCCUCACACUGACUCCGGAAUCGGAGAGGAGCAGGUGGCCAGCAUCCUGAAUGGGGCAGAAUUGGAGCCCAGUGCAGGCCCAGAUGCCAUGAGUGAGCUGCUGUCCACUCUGUCAUCGGAAGUGAAGAAAUCCCAGGAGAGCCUGGCUGAGCCCCCCGGGGAGAUGCUCAAGCCGGCCCCAUCCAUCUCUAGCAUUAGUCAGACCAAAGGUAUCAAUGUCAAGGAGAUUCUGAGAAGUCUCGUGGCCGCCCCAGUGGAGAUUGCAGAAUGUGGGCCUGAGCCCAUCCCCUACCCAGACCCAUCACUGAAGAGAGAAGCCCAGGCCAUCCUUCCGAUGCAAUUUCAUUCCUUCGACAGGAGUGUGGUGGUGCCCGUCAAGAAGCCGCCCCCAGGGAGCCUGGCUGUGACCACGGUGGGAGCCGCCCCGGCUGGAAGUGGGCUGCCCACAGGCAGCACUGCUAACAUGUUCGCUGCCACAGGAGCUACACCAAAAAGUAUGAUUAAUACAACAGGUGCCGUGGAUUCAGGGUCCUCCUCCUCUUCCUCCUCCUCUAGUUUUGUCAACGGUGCCACCAGCAAAAACCUCCCUGCUGUGCAGACCGUGGCUCCAAUGCCGGAAGAUUCCGCUGAGAACAUGAGCAUCACAGCAAAGCUUGAAAGAGCUUUGGAAAAAGUGGCUCCUCUUCUUCGUGAAAUUUUUGUAGACUUUGCACCAUUCCUGUCCCGCACCCUGCUGGGCAGUCACGGACAAGAGCUCUUGAUAGAAGGCCUGGUCUGCAUGAAGUCCAGCACGUCGGUGGUGGAGCUGGUCAUGUUGCUGUGCUCUCAGGAAUGGCAAAACUCUAUUCAGAAGAAUGCAGGACUGGCCUUUAUCGAGCUCAUCAAUGAAGGAAGGUUACUGUGUCACGCUAUGAAGGAUCACAUUGUGCGCGUUGCCAACGAAGCCGAGUUUAUUUUGAACAGACAGCGAGCUGAGGAUGUGCACAAGCAUGCGGAGUUCGAGUCGCAGUGCGCCCAGUACGCUGCCGACAGACGAGAGGAAGAGAAGAUGUGUGAUCACCUCAUCAGUGCUGCCAAGCAUCGCGAUCACGUCACCGCCAACCAGCUGAAGCAGAAAAUCCUAAACAUUCUAACCAACAAGCAUGGAGCCUGGGGGGCCGUAUCUCACAGCCAAUUGCAUGACUUCUGGCGCCUGGAUUACUGGGAAGAUGACCUGCGUCGGAGGAGGCGGUUUGUCAGAAACGCGUUUGGCUCCACUCAUGCCGAGGCUCUACUCAAGGCUGCCGUAGACUACGGCACCGAAGAAGAUGUCGUGAAGUCCAAGAAAACGUUCAGGAGCCAGGCGAUCGUGAACCAGAACGCAGAGACGGAGCUUAUGCUCGAAGGGGAUGAUGAUGCGGUCAGUCUGCUGCAGGAGAAGGAGAUGGACAACCUCGCAGGCCCCGUGGUUCUGAGCACCCCGGCCCAGCUCAUCGCUCCGGUGGUGGUGGCCAAAGGGACCCUGUCCAUCACCACAACCGAAAUCUACUUCGAGGUGGACGAAGAUGAUCCCGCCUUCAAGAAGACUGACAUGAAGGUGCUUGCAUACACUGAGGGUCUUCACGGGAAAUGGAUGUUCAGCGAAAUAAGAGCUGUAUUUUCCAGACGGUACCUUCUACAAAACACUGCUUUGGAAGUAUUUAUGGCAAACCGAACCUCGGUUAUGUUCAAUUUCCCUGACCAAGCAACAGUAAAAAAAGUUGUGUACAGCUUGCCUCGGGUUGGAGUAGGGACCAGCUAUGGUUUGCCACAAGCCAGGAGGAUCUCACUGGCCACUCCCCGGCAGCUUUACAAAUCUUCCAACAUGACUCAGCGCUGGCAAAGAAGGGAGAUUUCCAACUUCGAGUACUUGAUGUUUCUCAACACCAUAGCAGGACGGACAUACAAUGACCUGAACCAGUACCCCGUGUUUCCGUGGGUGCUGACAAACUAUGAGUCCGAGGAGCUGGAUCUGACUCUCCCCGGAAACUUCCGAGACCUGUCAAAGCCGAUCGGUGCUCUGAACCCUAAGAGAGCCGUGUUCUACGCGGAGCGGUAUGAGACGUGGGAAGACGAGCACAGCCCGCCGUAUCACUACAACACACAUUACUCCACAGCAACAUCAACCUUAUCCUGGCUCCUUCGAAUUGAGCCCUUCACAACCUUCUUCCUGAAUGCCAAUGAUGGGAAAUUCGACCAUCCCGAGCGGACCUUCUCGUCUGUGGCCAGGUCCUGGAGAACCAGCCAGAGGGACACCUCAGACGUCAAGGAAUUAAUUCCAGAAUUCUACUACCUGCCAGAGAUGUUUGUCAACAGCAAUGGAUACAACCUUGGAGUCAGAGAAGAUGAAGUGGUGGUCAAUGAUGUUGAUCUCCCUCCUUGGGCAAAGAAACCUGAAGACUUUGUGCGGAUUAACAGGAUGGCCCUGGAAAGUGAGUUUGUGUCCUGCCAGCUCCACCAGUGGAUUGACCUCACCUUUGGCUACAAGCAGCGAGGGCCUGAAGCCGUGCGGGCACUGAAUGUCUUCCACUACUUAACCUACGAGGGCUCCGUGAAUCUGGACAGCAUCACGGACCCCGGGCUCAGGGAGGCCAUGGAGGUGCAGAUUCAGAACUUUGGACAGACGCCGGCUCAGCUGCUUAUCGAGCCACAUCCACCUCGGAGCUCCGCCAUGCAUCUGUGUUUCCUUCCACAGAGCCCGCUCAUGUUCAAAGACCAGAUGCAGCAAGACGUGAUCAUGGUGCUCAAGUUCCCGUCCAACUCGCCCGUGACCCAUGUGGCGGCCAACACGCUGCCCCACCUCACCAUCCCUGCGGUGGUGACGGUCACCUGCAGCAGACUCUUUGCCGUGAAUAGAUGGCACAACACAGUGGGCCUCAGAGGAGCUCCGGGAUACUCCUUGGAUCAAGCUCACCACCUUCCCAUUGAGAUGGACGCAUUAAUUGCCAAUAACUCCGGUGUGAACAAGCGGCAGAUCACAGACCUUGUGGACCAGAGCAUUCAGAUCAACGCUCACUGUUUUGUGGUCACAGCAGACAAUCGCUAUAUUCUUAUAUGUGGGUUCUGGGACAAGAGUUUCAGAGUUUAUUCUACAGAGACAGGUAAACUGACCCAGAUUGUCUUUGGCCACUGGGACGUGGUCACAUGCCUGGCCCGGUCCGAGUCCUACAUCGGGGGCGACUGCUACAUCGUGUCUGGCUCUCGGGACGCCACCCUGCUCCUCUGGUACUGGAGUGGACGUCACCACAUCAUCGGCGACAACCCCAACAGCAGUGACUACCCGGCACCAAGAGCCGUCCUCACGGGCCAUGACCACGAGGUUGUCUGCGUUUCUGUCUGCGCAGAGCUGGGACUGGUUAUCAGUGGUGCUAAAGAGGGCCCCUGCCUGGUCCACACCAUCACUGGGGACCUGCUGCGAGCCCUGGAAGGGCCAGACAACUGCUUCUUCCCGCGCCUGAUCUCCGUCUCCAGUGAGGGCCACUGCAUCAUCUACUAUGAGCGUGGUCGCUUCAGCAACUUCAGCAUCAACGGAAAACUCUUGGCGCAGAUGGAGAUCGCUGACUCCACUCGGGCCAUCCUCCUGAGCAGUGACGGGCAGAACCUGGUGACAGGAGGGGACAAUGGCGUGGUGGAGGUCUGGCAGGCCUGUGAUUUCAAACAGCUGUACAUCUACCCUGGGUGUGACGCCGGCAUCCGAGCCAUGGACCUGUCCCACGACCAGAGAACCUUGAUCACCGGCAUGGCGUCUGGUAGCAUCGUAGCUUUUAAUAUAGAUUUUAAUCGAUGGCACUAUGAGCAUCAGAACAGAUACUGA